AUGGAUGGAGAAUUUUUGCCAAAGCCCCCAGGGCCAAUGAGACGUGAUUGCUACCCAAAACCGUCAAUUAUAGGAGUAACUAAGUAUGAAGCGUUGAUUUUUUGUAAGUUUAAAAUUUUUUAAUUUAUGGUGAUCCACCCUUAAAAUAACUGAACAAAAUUACCCUACCCUGCUCUAUAUAUUAAUAUUUUACCCUGCCCUGCUCUAUAUGAUACUCUUUUUUGAAAUUUAAAGAAAAAAGCCAGUAGUAUCAUUUUAAUUAAAAAAAAUUAGGACGGGGAUAAUUUUACCACGCCUUUGCCUAAAAUAUCAAAAUUUCAGUAGCAAUAUCAGGUCGCCGAGCCAACCAGAAGAUGUUAGCCUUUGCUGAAGACAAUUUCGUUAGACUUCAAAAGUUAUUGGAAGGGAAGGUCGAUCAAACAAAUAUGUUAUCACUACAAGCCUUUCGUGAUAUGUAUGGUAUAAACGACAUGAUGAAGAAGGACAGAAGAGCGUUGGGAAAAGCGAUGGUAAUAUUGGUCAGUGAUUUGGUCAACAAUAUCGCUACUCAUAGUUAUUGUGUUAAAGCUGCUGCUAAUGGAGUUCCGUGUUGGAGAUAUGUUAUGGAACAGUUUCAGCCGGCUCAGACAAGGCUGUUUAAUCCAUUGUUUCCUGUGUUUGGUACGUUUUUUGGCUUGGGGUUAGGUGCGGUUUAAAUAUUGUCUUAGACUUAGGUUUAGGCUUAGUAUUAGGGUUAGGUUUAGGCUUAGGCUUAGAUUUUGGCUUAGGAUUAUGUAUUAGUUGGUUUAAGCUUCUUCUUUGGCUUAGACGUAGGCUUAGUUUUAUGCUUAAGCGGGUUUAGUGGUAGAUUUACGCUUAGCUCUAGCUUAGGCACAGGGCUAGUUUAUUAGGCACAGGGCUAUGCUUAGGCUCAGUCUUGGGCAAAUGUUUUACUUCGGCUUAGGCUUACUAUUAGGUUUUUUCUGGGACUUAACCUUUGGUUUAGGUCUUGAGGAUUUAUAAACGUAGUUUUAGGCUUAGGAUUUAGCAUAUAAGCUUAAAAUUUAAGCCUGUGCUUAGGCUUAGGCUAAGAGGCAUUUCUUGCAAAGUUUUAGGCUUACUUUUAAAUUUGGGUUUUAGCUCAAGCUGAGGCUUCAUGUUGUUUAGGCUUAUUACCUUCAGGCUUAAGCUUGGCUCGCGACUAAAGUUAUGGAGUGUUAACAUUAAAGUUAUAACUAAACUAACAAUUUACGCUAAAAAUGUCAUUUUAUAUGCUAUUUAGGCGCAACUCACUGCACUGACCUGAUCUACCUGUUUGAAUUCAAUUUUUUCCAACAAAUUUGGAUACCACGAGCUGCCGAUCGUAAAGUAAUGUACAUGUUUCAAACGUAUUUUACGAAUUUCAUAAAAUACGGUGAUCCGAACAUAUCAAGCAGUGAUGAGAAGGGAGGCUUUGAUCAGAAUCUGAUCAAAUGGGAUCCGGUUUCGACCGAAAAUGCCUCAAGGCAAAUGUUUUUUCGAGGUGAACCAUUUGUUGGCGACAAUCCUGAUGCCAAGAAGUUGGAUCGACUUCUGGGGAUGUUGGGUUACUUUUCGGAGAAUCUGGGUUAUGAUAUUACAAAUAUUCAAUAA